AUGGAUAAAUACAAAAAAAUUAGAGUAGUUGGAAAAGGUAUUAUGAUAAAAUAAAUCAGGUAGUUUUGGAUAUGCCCUUCUUGCCUAGGCAUUGUCAAAUAAGAAAAAUUAUAUAGUUAAAGUAUCAAAUGAUUUAAAUUAGAUUAUUGACAUAUCUAAGAUGGAUAGAAAACAAAGAGAGGAGGCAUUAAAUGAAGUCCAUGUUUUGAAGGCAAUGAGACAUCCUUAUAUUAUUACAUAUAGAGAAUCAUUCAUGGAGAAAAAGUAUUAUUUCCUUAUUAAACUUUUUGAAUAGAUGUUUAUGUAUAGUAAUGGAUUAUGCCGAUGGUGGUGAUUUGUAUGGUAAAAUAGCUAAACAAAAAGAACUUGGAAUUCUAUUUUCAGAAGAACAAAUAUUAGACUGGUUUGUUUAAAUGGCAUUGGCAAUGAAUCAUAUACAUGAGAGGAAGAUUUUGCAUAGAGAUUUAAAAACUUAAAAUAUAUUUCUUACAAGCAAAAAUGAUGUUAAAAUCGGUGAUUUUGGUAUUGCACGUGUAUUAUAACAUACAUAUGAUUGUGCAAAAACUGCUAUAGGAACACCAUAUUAUUUAAGUCCAGAAAUUUGUUAAGAAAAACCUUACAAUUAAAAAUCUGACAUUUGGUCGCUUGGAUGUAUCUUAUAUGAAUUAACUACUUUAAAUCAUGCAUUUGAUGCAUUAUCAAUGAAAGAAUUGGUUUUAAAAAUAUUACGAGGAACUUAUCCUCCUAUACCAUCAUAAUAUUCUUCAGAAUUAUAAUCAUUAAUAGCUGAUAUGUUAAUUAAGGAUCCAUCAAAGAGACCUAGUAUAAAGAGAAUAUUAGAGAGAGAUUUCUUAAAAUAAAGAAUAGGAAGUUUACUUGUUUCAACAUUGAAUAGACAUGAAUUAUAAGAGAUGACAGAAAUAAAACCUACAGAAAAUCUGUAAUAUAUUAAUCUUAUUUAUUAGUUUUAUUUAACCACAAUAGACUGCAUAAUAAUUUAUUUUACAAUAAAAAUAGUAUGAAUAAAAUAAAAUAUCUUAAAAUUAAAGUUAAAAUAAUUCACCUAUUACUUCAAGACAGAUUAUUUAAACUAUUGCAAGUAAGAAACCUUCACCUAAAAAGGACAAUAGUAAAGUAGAGUUAAAAUAAUUGUUUAAUAGACAAAAUUCACCUUUGUAAUCAAUUAAUUAAAAUUAUUCAAUCCAAUAAUAAUUAAUACAUAAUUAAUAAUAAUAACAAUAACAAAUGGAUGAUAGACCAUAGUCAUUUGCUAGUGUAGUUAGUUAAAAAGAGAAUUAAUAAUAGCCUAUUAAAUAUUAAAAUUUAGAAUUAUUAAAUAAAUUUUAUUUAAAAGAUAAUACUAAUAUAGUUAGACUAUAAAAUAAAAGUCCAAUUUUACAAGAACAAAAAAGAAAGGAGUCUAUUGUAAGUUUAGUAAGAGAAGAUGACAGUUUUGAAUAAUAAUAGGGUUAUAAAUUCCUUAUUAAAGAUAUGAGAAAAUGUUUGGAUAAAAAAUAAUCAAAAGAAGAAGAAGAAUCAAUUAUUGUUGACAAUUUUAAAAUAGUUCCAUAGUAAUAUUUUAUCAUUAAUUUAUUUAUAGAUUUCUUAAUUAAUAAAAAUAAUUUUAAGUUCCUGGGACUUCUGAAAGAGACACUAUAGGUUAUAAGAUAGAAGCUCUUAGAUAUUAUUUAGAAUAAUAAAUGGGUUUAGACUCUUUUAUGAGAGCCUAUUAGACCUUAGAGAAUAGUUAGGAGAGUGAAUAAUUGAAAUAAGCAAAUUAAUUACUAAAUUAAGAAUAAAGGAAAUACAUACCAUUAAUAAUCUAAUUAAUAGUUUGUGAAGAUUCAUAUUAUUGA